AUGCCGACAGUCGCAAUAGUGGAUGUGCUGACGCCGCCCGAACAGUGUGCACACACAAUGAAUGCCAUCCGAUUGUGUUUCACCGCCACCGUGGCGUUUCUCGUUGUCGCGAUCGGCGGCAGAGUCGCGUCCUCCACGAAUAAUACCGUGGAGGUCAGGAAGUGUUGCCCGGUGGGUCGGAUGUACGAUCCGGAAGCGCGGUUCUGCAGACCGGUCGGGACGGACGUUGACGAGUACCAGGAGAGGUUGAGGAAUCGAAUACGGCUCGGAUUCAGGGUGGCAGCCGAUGAGACGUUGGAGAUGUUCCAUUACAGUCAGUUAUAUUGGACCGACGAGGAAGACGUGCUGGUCGACGUGCCCGCCGAGGAGAUGCCUGGGCUGAUGGAGGCGAACCGGUCGCUCAUUGAGUUGUCGUCGGGCUACUGCUUCGAUCUGACGCCGUCCGAUGAGCUGGUGGCCCGGACGGCACGUCCACGCUACCAGUACUGCGGCCGGGGCAAUUACACAUGCGUCAACAAAUGCUGCGAUAACGGAGAUAUAAUGGUCUACGACCCCAACUUGGGAAAAUUGAGGUGCGAAGAAAGCGAGAUGCCGUUCAAGUUUUCCGCCUAUGAAACAGACGCAGGCGGAAGUCCGGCUGGCCUGUCGAACAAGACGGUGCUACCGUUGAACUGGGACAAAUCCUCGUGUACUGCUUUGAAUAUGAUAAUCAGCAGGCUCACGUUGACCACUGAUGGCAACCUUUUCCUUAUCCACGAAGGCGUCAAAUGGAUCAUACCGGAAACGAAGUACUGCUUGGACUAUUACGCCAAGGACGGGACACUGGAGGCCGCCGAUCUGAUGGCGUUGGUGUGCUCAGAGGCCAAACCACCGGUCAGUUUCCUCUUUUGGGUUAAAACCCUGUCUGUCGUGUGCCUGGUGCUCACGCUGAUCGUGUACGCCACACUACCUUACCUCCGGAAUACCCACGGCUACUACGUCAUGUUCUACAUGGCCUGCCACCUCGUGUACUUGGUCUGCAUAAUGAUCUAUUCGUUAUUGGUACAGGAAGACAGAAAAAACACGUUGUGCAUUCCAAUCGGUUAUUUUAUGUUAUUUGCAACUCUGACAACAUGUUGCUGGUUGAACGUAAUAUGCUUCGAUAUUUACUGUAUGUUAAGGUACAACAAUUCAACAAACAGAAAUACAUCAACAUCAGUACGUACCAUUAUGUACCAUAUUUAUUGUUGGGGAUUUUCAAGUAUUUGCGUAUCUACUGGUUAUUUAUUUCAACAUUCAAAAAACGAAAAGUUACGGAAAUUUUCACCCAAUAUUGGAUAUUAUAGAUGCUUUUUUUUCGGAAUCCAUCACUACGGAACUUUGAUUUUUUACUGGCUACCCACCUGUGGUAUGCUGACUGCCAACUUAAUUUUGUUCCUUCUAACUGCUAUUCAUUGUUCAAGAAUUAAAUCUGAACUUAAUAAAUUCAGACGAACAGAUUCAAAAACCGAAAUAUUUCUUUUUUACAAAGCGAGAUUCGUAAUGAGCAUGAAGCUGUUUCUGGUUUUUGGAGUACCGUUUUUAUUUUCGAUGCUAUGUGAAUUAUUCCUAAUUGAAGGGAAAAUAAAAUUGAUUAUAGAUUCAAUUCACGGUCUACAAGGAGUAUUUAUAUUUAUUAUUUUUGUGGCCAAGUUCAAAAUUAUUAUGGACUUAAGGAAAAAGUUUAGACGUUCAAUAGUUCACAGUGAGCCGACACCACUGAACAAUAUCUCUAGGUCGUCAUAA